UUAAGUUCGAGCCCCACGUUGGCUGUAGAGAUUACUUAAAAAUUAAAUAUAUAUUUAUUAUUUUUAUUUAUUUAUGAGACAUACAGAGAGAGGCAGAGACAUAGGUGGAAGGAGAAGCAACCUCCCUACAGGGAGCCCGAUGUGGGACUCUAUCCUAGGACACAGGGAUCAUGACCUGAGCCAAAGGCAUACGCUCAACCAUUGAGCCACCCAGGUGCCCCCAAAAUAAAAUAUUUAAAAAAGAAAAGCCUGGGCUGUCAAGGGAUUCUGGAUGGGAACUGAAAUGUCCAGAAGCUUGGACCAGCAUAUCAGCAAGGCUACCUCAGAGACCCUGUUCUGUAAAGGCAACAGGAAAUGGAAAUGGUGUUUAUGGAAGCUGACCAUGUACAUAGGGGACCACAUGAGAUAGAGACAACUGUGCAGUUUGGAACAAGGCAGAGGAAGGAUUGAUUAUCUUUUCUCCCCUCUGCUGAGACCAUAAGGCAAGGGUGUAAGAGCUUAAGUAUCCUCAUCCACAAAAUGGGCAUAAUAAUGAUCGUAAUGUUUAGUGGACAGUGUUAUGUGAAAAUUGAACAGGGUGUUUACCACAUGCCGGGACAUAUGCUGACAGUUUGAUAAGUCACAUGUCUUUCCCGAUGCCUGUGAUAAAAACUUGCAUCCUCAUUUUGGAGACUACAGUUAAAGUAUUAUCUUCAUGUUCUCAAAGCUUAAAGGUGGCAGAGCUACAAUUAAAACCUUCAUGUAGGGGGUCCCUGGAUGGCUCAGCGGUUGAGCGCCUGCCUUCGGUCCAGGGCGUAAUCCUGAAGUCCUGGGAUCGAGUCCCACAUCGGGCUCCCUGUAUGGAGCCUGCUUCUCCCUCUUCCUGUCUCUCCCUCUUUCUCUCUGUGUCUCUCAUGAAAAAUAAAUAAAAUAUUUUUAAAAAAAAAACCUUCACGUAUUCCAAAUACUUUGUAUUUUGUUUGUUUGUUUUAAGAUUUAUUUCCUUAUUUUAGAGUGAGGGCAGGGAGGGACAGAGGGAGAGAUAGAAUCCCAAAGCAGACUCCCCGCUGAGUCCAUAGCCUGACUUGGGGCUCAAUCCCAGGACCCCAAGAUCAUGACCUGAGCCAAAAUCAAGAGUCGGCUGCUAAACUGACUGAGCCACCCAAGCGCCCCAGAACUCUUCAUCUUUUAUUUUACCCUGAUUAAUAACUGGUUGGGUUCUUCUGAACUUUUAUUCCAUAGGGUCUAGCAUAGUGGCCUUCCCCUAAGGAUCCUCAGAACCAUACUUGUAUAGAGCAACUGUUAGAGGAGUGACCAUGUGGGCCAUUGCCUUUCCAGGACUUCCUGGCUUUGCAGGGCCCCUGGGUCAGACCACAUCAUUGAGGCUGCAGGUCUUCACAGCCCAGCCAGACUUUCCCCAGCAGCUCAGAUUGAAGCUUCUAGAUGCCCACCGAGCUUCAGGAUCCUGAAAAAAGUGGAGCUGUCAGCAAGAGAAACCGGGAAGUGAAGCACAGGGGAGACAUGCCUGCCAAAGAGAAUUGGCCCCAAAGAUCCCAGGUCCUGAGUCCACAGGAGCAGGAUGGACCAUGUGAGGGAUCAGUGUCAUUUGAGGAUGUGACCAUGGACUUCAGCAGGGAGGAGUGGCAGCAACUGGACCCUGCCCAGAGAUGCCUAUACCAGGAUGUAAUGCUGGAGAUCUACAGCCACCUCCUCUUCGUGGGGUAUAACAUUCCCAAACCAGAGAUCAUUUCUAGGAUGGAAAAAGGAGAGGAGCCAUGGAUGAGAGAAGUUCACCUCCCACAUCAGAGGCAUCGAGAAAGGGCAUUUGGGCUUAAAACUUCCCAACACAAAAUGUUUGAAAAAUUUUUAUUUCACAAUGAAGUCAUAAGAGACAGUUCCUGGUGUUGCAUUUCAGAAGACCUGCGGGAAGAUGCCAGCCAUGCAGUGAGGGAUCAGCAGAAGCAAAAUAAUCCUGCACAGCAUGGGGCUUUCCUCAACAGGAAAACACUGGAUACAGGGAGAGACUGUGAAUGUAAGGACCCCAGAAAAAUCAUUCAUUUGAAGCCCUACCUUGUUUCUUCACAAAAAAGAUCUCAUAAACAUUGCUCAUUUGCAAAAAGUUUGAAGCCUAACCUAGAAGUAAAUCAUCAGAGUCAAAGUGACAGCACAAAACACCUCAAUGAGCUUGUUGGCCCUGUCCAUCUCUUCACCCAUAGCUCUUCCAGUGCUGGCUGCAAGCAUAUUCAUCCAGGAGAGAACUUCUGUGAAGGGAAUCAAUGUACAAAAGACUUCAGCCAUAAACAGUCGCAUAGCCAACAUCAAAUUCGUAAUCAGGAGAAACCUGAUAAAUGUGCUGAAUAUGGGAGGGGCUUCCCCCAGAAGCCACCUCUUGAGCAACAGAGAUUCCAUAGUGUAGAAAACCUCCAAGAGUGUGGCAAAUGCACUAAAGGCUUCACCCCACAACCAAAGCUUGGUGUGUAUCUGACAGAUCACACAGGUAGCAUUCCUUACAUCUGUAAGGAAUGUGGGAAGGUCUUCAUUCAGAGAUCAGAACUGAUUAGUCACCAGAAAACUCACACUAGAAAGAAGCCCCAUAAAUGCCACGAAUGUGGGAAAGCUUUUUUCCAGAUGUUAUCCCUCUUCAGACAUCAGAGGACUCACUCUAGUGAGAAACUCUAUGAAUGCAGUGAAUGUGGGAAAGGCUUCUCCCAGAAUUCAACCCUCACCAUACAUCAGAAGAUUCAUACGGGUGAGCGGCAGUACACAUGCAGUGAAUGUGGGAAGGCCUUCACUCAGAAGUCAACACUCAGCUUGCACCAGAGAAUCCACUCAGGGGAGAAGUCCUAUGUUUGCAUUGAGUGUGGGCAGGCCUUUGUCCAGAAGGCACACCUGACUGUACAUCAGAGAGGCCAUACUGGAGAGAAACCUUACCCAUGCCACAGCUGUGGGAAAUCCUUCAUCUCCAAGUCACAACUUGAUAUACAUCACCGAAUUCAUACUGGGGAGAAGCCUUACGAAUGUAGUGACUGUGGGAAAGCCUUCACCCAAAAGUCACACCUCAAUAUCCACCAGAAAAUUCACACGGGAGAGAGGCAACAUGUAUGCAGGGACUGUGGGAAAGCUUUCAACCAAAAGUCCAUACUCAGCAUGCAUCAAAGAACUCACACUGGGGAGAAACCUUACAAAUGCAGUGACUGUGGGAAAGCUUUCACUUCCAAAUCACAGUUCAAGGAGCAUCAGCGAAUUCACACCGGAGAGAAACCCUACGUAUGCUCUGAUUGUGGAAAGGCUUUCAAUGGCAGGUCAAAUUUCCACAAACAUCAGAUGACACACAUGAGAGAGAAAACUUUUGCCUGUUACAAAUGUGGGAACGCCUUUGUCCAGAAAUCAGAGUUGAUGGCACAUCAGAGAACUCAUGCUGGAGAGAAGCCUUAUGAAUGCUGUGACUGUGGGAAAUCCUUCAGCAAGAAACCACAGCUCCAAGUGCAUCAGCGGAUUCACACAGGAGAGAUGCCCUAUGUAUGUUCACAGUGUGGGAAGGCCUUCAACAACAGAUCCAAUUUUAAUAAACACCAAACGACUCAUACUAGAGGCAGGUCUUAUUAAAGCAGUUAUUGUGAAAAAAGGCUUUACCCAGAAAUCACUUCCUAAUAUGCAUCAGCAUAUACAUAAAUGAAACCCCAAAUUUCUCAAAGAAAAAUAUCUCCCAAGCAUUGGAUUCAAUUGCAGGUUAUAGAAUCCAUGAAAAACUCCAGGAAUGCACUGCCUGUUGCAAAGUGACACAUUAUUUCAUGUGUAAGAAAUUACUCAGAAAACAAAAGGAUAUUUGUACAAGCCUUGUUAAGGAUUGUAAAAUUCAUCUGGGAAGAAACCCCCACCUAACACAUUGAGAAACGUAUUUCUCUAGAAAGUAGUGAGACAGACUUUUGCCAGAUUAUAGGAAAAUUUAUGAGGUUAUAUUAAUGAUAACCCUAUUGAAUAUGGAAUAUCAGUAAUUUCAAAGUACCAGCAAACUGAAUGACCAGACAGGUGUGUGUAUGUGUGUGUGUGUUCACAUGGUCAGGUAUAUACACCUACAUAACACUUUGUGAGUUCUGUAGUGUUUGCUAUAGGAUUCACUGCGUAGCAGAAUUGUGGGGAGAUGAUACACUUUUUUAAAGGAUCUGCUGUGAUUGUGUUUAUCCGAUUUAUUCCCAAUUGAAUAUAUCCUGAGGUUGCACAGUAAUUAUUUAAUUUCUUUAUACAUACACAGGCAUAGCUACCUCAUUUUAUCAUGCUUUGCAGAUACUGUGUUUUUACAAAUUGAAGGUUUGUGGCAGCCCUGCAUUGGGCAGUACCAUUUUUCCAACAGUAUUUGCUCCCAUCAUGUUUCUGUCACAUGUUGGUUAUUCUUGGACUAUUUCCAAAUUUUUCAUUAUUUGUCGUGGUUCUUUGUGAUCAGUGAUUACAACUCACUGAAAACUCAGAUGAUGGCUGGCAUUUUUUAGCAAGAAAGUUUUUUAAUAGAAGUAUGCACUCUUUUUUAGGCGUGACACUAUUGCAUACUUCAUAGACUACAGUGUAGUGCCAACAUGACGUCCACAUGCACUGGGAAACCAAAAAAUUCAUUUGACUUCCUUUAUUGCAACAUUUGGUUUACCACAGUGGUCUGAGACCCAACCCAAGUAUCUCCAAGGUAUGCCUGUCUCAACAGGUGAAUAUACACUUGGUAAAUGCAUAAGUGUGAUUUUGUGAUGUAUACUGGUCUUCACAGUACAUCUUUUCUCUGACCAUCUCUGCUCUACCCUGCCCUCUUUCAACCUCCCCCAUCUCUGGUGAAUGUCUCCAUAAAUAACCAGUGGUCAACCUUUUUUAGUAUGGACUUUAAACAUUUUUACACAGGCUCCUGAUCAUUUACUCUGGGAGUCGACAGACUGGCCAUCAGCCAAAUAGGGUUGGUCACCUGUUCUUUUUAAAUAGUUUUACUGGACACAGCCACGUUCGUGUGUUUAUGUACAGUCUGUGACUCUUCCUGUGCUUCAGUGACUUGCAAGACGAAAAUUGUAUCUGGCCUUUUAUAGAAGAUUAUUAGUAUCUGACAUCCACAUUCAGUACUCACUCAUAAUCCUAUACCUGUGUUGGAACUCUGUUUUAUAAAUAUCAGAUCAGAGUGCCUGGGUUGCUCAGUCAGUUAAGCAUCUGCCUUCUGCUCAGACCAUGAACCCUGGGUUCCUGGGGUUGAGCCCUGCAUCAGGCUUCCUGCUUGUUCUCUAUGCCAAAUAAUUAAAAUCUUUUAAAAAAUGAAUAGCAGGGACACCUAGGUGGCUCAGCAGUUGUGUUGCUGCCUUUGGCUCAGGUCAUGAUCUUGGGAUCUGGGAUUGAGUCCCACAUCAGGCUCCUGUGAAGAGCCUGCUUCUCCCUCUGCCUAUGUCUCUCUCUCUCUCUCUCAUAUUUUUAAAAAAUAAAUAGCAGAUCAUACCA